GGUCUAGCUAUGUGUUUAAAUAGUAGCUUACUAUGAAUCUAUGAUGUAUGUUUAUGUCAUGUACCUUGUCACGGUGGGUAAGCUUUUUUCUACUGAAAUAAUAAAUUAAUAUAGUAAAAAUGGUCGGAUAAAAGAGAGGCCUCUUUAUUCACUUCCCUACCCAAUCACACAUGCAUUUCUUCUCUUAAAACUCCAAUAAGUUCUCCUUUUGCAAAUUUAUCUCCUUUUCUGUUAGCUGUUUCCAAAAAGUGAUUGCUGAAGAUGUUAAAAUGAAGACAAAAAAAGCUUACCAAAUUGAUCGUUAGCAGAUGAAAUGGGUCAUGGUGAGUAAUGGGUUGAACUAAAAAGAGUGAGAGUUUGUAGGUAAGAGAUCACUAGCAAGGUGAAGUUAGGUAUGGACUCUUUUAUACCAUGGACCCUAGCUAUUUGGUUAUUAUUAAGUCUACGUAUAAGUACAUGAAUUUUACUACUAAUGGAUUAAUAGAGAAAGAGGAGAGAGUCAGACGGAGACCUAAUUAAAGAGAGAUCUUCUCUCUCAAGGACCAGCAUUUUACACUCUUGGAUGUUUUGUCUCACUGAUGCAAAGAUGAUCUUACAGAGAGAGAGAGAGGGGUGGUCCUUCUACAUGAUCAUCGAAUGAUGCUAAUAACCAACUAGUUCAUGUUAUCACCAUAUAAUUAAACCAAAGAUUGAAUCUUUAUUUGUAGAGAUCUCGACCUCUCAUCAAUGCAAGUAACCUGUCGAAACUUAUCAACACGAUCAUCCGGCAAAAUUCGGUCCACGUCGUCUUCUUCAUUUUGAACUAUAUAUUCCCUUUAUGUUUUAUCUACACACUCAAAAUUCGAUACGAUGUACGAAUUAUUCAGUUUUUCAGUCCACUAGUAUUAUUUUUGCUGGAUCGCUUUUGUAAAUUUUUGGUCAUGAAUGUAUGCAAUGUUAAUUAAUUUGUAUUAUUAAGCGCAUUGAUUAAACAAAGAUGAAUACACAAUUAUAAACGGAAUUUCAUCCAUUUUAAAACAUAGCUCUUUCAAUCUAAUCAUGCUGUUACGUUGACAAAACAAAAUUCUUAAAUGUUGUUACUAGUUAGGAUAUCGCUUGGUAAAACCUCCUGAAUGUACAAUAGCAACAAACAUAACGAUUUGCACCGAUUAUCUACGAACAAGAACCCCAAAUAUUAUGCGCUCUUUUAUAGCUUAUGAUAUAUUUAUAAGCAUAAACUAUAAUUACACCAAAGAUUUAUAGACUAAAAAAAAAAGACAAUCUCCCAGGCCCGAGUCCCGAUGUACGCCGCUUGGAUGGAUCUCCUCUACUCCUCCACCUCCGCCUAGCUCUCCACCACGUGAAGCAGCUCCUCCCUUUCCUCGUGAUGAUGAUGGUGACUGCUCCUCUCUGUCCGCUGUUCAGGCCUCCUCCUGACCCACCACCGUGCAAGUUCCUCCCCUUGGCUUCCCUCUCUCUCGUCACUCCGCCGGAACCACCAGAUCCUCCGGAUGUACCCGCCGUCGUUGCUCUUCUUCGCUGCCUCAACACCUCUUCCAGUCUCUUUCCUCUGGCGAUGACUCAAAACCCAGAUCUGGAUUUCCUAAGUUUGACGCCUGAGUCUCGAGGCCGUGACGUUCCCUUCUUGUUAUUUGGGGUUUCAUCAGCCGUCUGUGGCUGUCUCUUCUCCAUACCAUCUACUCAAGCUUUGAGCCAGAUCUCAAUUCUAAAGCCUCCAUCUAGGAUGGCGACAAAGAAUGGUGGUGGUGGUGGUUCCCCUGUGUCCGCUAGUGACACUUCAUUAACCUACAGGUUUCUUUCUCCUGUGAUAUACAGGUUUGUGUUUGGGUGUGUCGACUGGCCUUCAAUCAGUUCUUGUUUCGACCUCCCUACCACUCCUUCGUGUGGAAGAGAAGUUCAUUGUCAUCUUCAGUCCGUGGAAUAUGGAUGUGGCGGGUUAUGGUUUCCCGCUUGUUCCUCAGUUGAAUCAGUCUUCUUUCCUAAUAUUUCCUCCUAUAUGGAGUGAAUUGGAUGAACAUGUUUCGUUGGUAUUGCAAGGAUCUUCCUCCCAUCGAAUGCUCUCUGCGUAUGGUGCAGUGUGUGUGGUCCUACGGGUUACACUAGAUGCGAUCUUUGAAGAAGCUUAUGACAUUGUUGUGAUACAAUUUCAUAUGAUUUUUUAUGAUUUGUAUCGCCAUUUUAUCCCUUAUGUUAUUGUUGUUGUCUGCUUGGCUGUUAAUAGCCCAUUUGUAUCCUCCUCCUCUGUUGGAGCUUAGACAUAUUUAAGAUUAAUGCAAGUAUGGUUUGAUCAAAAAAAAAAAACUAUAAUUACACCUUAGGUAGUUAUACUUCAAAAAGAACAAAAAAAUCAAGUUACUAAAUGUUUCAUAGCAUACUAUUAAACUUCUUAAUCUCAAUCGCAACAUUCUUCUACGUAUAUACUGUCAUAAUUCAAACAAGAACUUAGAUCAGAUGUUAAUAUCUAGCUAGUUUAAUUUCUGCUAUUUUUCAUUGUAUACAUAUGUAUCAUUCCACAGAUGUAUCAGGUCACUGUGGAAUGAUAAAGAAAAAACUUAUCAGUUAUAAAAUUGUAAAGCAGUUGGUGUAAACGUUUUAAAAAAUGUUCUCUUUCAAAAAAAAAUUUGCAGAUGGAUUCCCCCUAAAAAGUUUGUUUUAGAGUGACUUCCUUAAUUUUAAUAUAAAAAAGUUGUCUUUGAAGAUGCUUGGACCGCCGGACAAACUUCGAUUUCGACAUCAGCGAGUUCCUUCGAAUGCAAGCUUUAGGAUUACAAGUAAAGUUUUUCUAUGGAUCUCUUCUCUCCUUAGCUAUCUCUAUCCUUUGUUAUGUUUUAAUUAUUCUCGCUUUUCAAUUUACCGUCGAGUUUUCUCUCCGGCUGUAUUCGACUUAGCCUAUUGGCAUUUAAUUUUAAUAUAAUCAGUUGUAAAAAAAAAGAGUGACUUCCUUACAGAAAUUCACUUAUUCACAUAACGUGUAUGUGAUAUCUGACUAAUCAAAACGUAUUGUAAGAACGGAAAUAAAUUCAACUAUGGUAAUGUCCAUGCGAAGUACUGGUCCCAAACUACAUUAAUUUACAUACGUAACUUUGCAGAUUUUGGACCUCACAUGAGGAGUCCACAUCUCUUUAUUUUUCAACAAAUAAACCCUGUUUGAACCCAACAUGCGGUUUUAAAAUUUUGAAUUAUAUUAAAGAAAUAUCCCAGGGAAGUGAUAAGUGAUUUUAAGCGUUCAAGUAAAUAGUAUAAAUUAAUAAGAAUGUUUUAGUAUUUUCUAAUCUUUUUCUAGUAGUAUAAGAUAUAGGAAAAAAAUUCUACAAAAAAAAAAAUCUAAGAAAAUGUAAUUGUGUCCCAUGAAUGGCAUUUGAACCCCACAAAAAACAUGCACUUAAAAGCCAACAAAUCUCCCAAACCCUAACAGCAACCCUUCAUUGAAUCAUGCAAAUGCAAACCUCUUUGCUUUGCCAUUAAAGUCACAGUCAUAUGCUCUGGCUUUUGUUGAGGGGACCAUAUCUCUCACUUUCUUGCCUUCACAUCCAUUUCUUGGAUUCAACUCCUCCACUCUUACAUACAUAUAUGUAUGCAAAUUCUCUCCUUAUUAUUUUUUUUUCUCAAAAAGAAAAUUGGUAAGUUUCAAAAAAAAGAAAAAAAAUUGGCGAAUUGUUUGGCCAGCAAUAAUUAAAGAUCAUAAAUAUAUGGAAAAUGAAAAAAAAAAGACUAGAUUUUGAGGGACAAGCAUAUCUUGUCCUUUUCGUUGUAUGUGACCUCACAAUGUUCAGCUAUAUAUAAGGACCAUACUUCAAAGUAAUAUAGGAAAUACAUGAUGGAAGAUAUUUUAUUUUAAGUAGAAGAAAACAGAACUAAAGAAUGAGAGGAAGCCCAAAAUUAAUAGCUACAGAACAAAUGCAAGUGGAGUUGAAAACAACAUGAAGAGCUCACUGGUCUCUUUCAGUGUUAAACAAUCAUUUCACAUUACGAAUAGGAUUCAUUUCAUCGAAUUCACAAAUACUAACUCUCCAUCAUUUCAUCGAAUUCACCAAACUCAUUUUUAUUUCUUAUAUACAAUAACGCCAUGGUCAAUCAAAUACCUCACGGUAUGAUCUUCAUUACACAUUACGAAUAGGAUUCAUUUUUGUAGAAAAAUUGU